UUUCGGUAAAAUGGCUACGCUUAAAAUAUCGGUCUGAAGUGGCAGAAAGACGUUUCUGUGAACUGGAAAAAAACUGAAAACCGCUAGCAGUAUGGAUGGAUGGAGGGUGGCAAAAAAGGAACGAAGUUUUUUUUAAUUUAGUUUAGAAACUGAGUCGGAUGUAAAGCUUCUCAUUUUCACAGCGUAGAAAAGGAGUAAUGCAUCAAAAACGAUUCAGUGUUGCACACAUAUCCAACCCUUAACUCAUGAUACUGGUCGUGGUAAUCCUUAUCGUCUAACCGAUACUUCCUAGCUUCAUGCAUUAUAUGCAUUCCUUUGGGGUUAUAACAAGGAAGCGAAAUCUGGUUAAAUCCGUCAGUUAAAACCUUAUGAAAAAAGUUCCUCUUUAAUGGUUGAUUUCUAGUUCUCUUUCAAAUUAACUUUUAUUGCUUGGCUAUUAUUAGGAGUAUUUUUAACUUCUAAACGUUACCUAGUUUUAGAAAGUAUGUUAUUGCAGCUUAAGAUAAGGGUUUAUUGAUACUUAAGGGACGCAGUUUUAAAUCUUCGGAAAAAAAAGAUGUACCAGGAUAAAAUACAAACAUAAGACUUUACGGAAAGCCUUUGUUAGCACUGGGCUUUAAAUGUAUUAGAAAAUUAAAGUCUUAUUGUAUACUCGUGUCGGGAGACUAGGAUGUUUUCACAAAGAUUUGCUUUCCAUCGAGCGUAGUCACAGGUUUUGUAAUGUAGGACUUGUGGCGUAUAGUACGUUUGCAUAAUGAAGUCUUUGGCAGGACUAUCUGCCAGUUGAAGGAGGCUGAGUUCCAAGUAUGGAAACUGGGAACUGUUGAUAGCUUAUUUUUGUUCCAUCAUCAUUUUUUCCCAUUUCAGAAAUGAUGUCUGUUAAAUUGUGGGACUGGAUUUUGCUAUACUUACAGUAUACAGCCUUCAAUGUUGGCAUCUUUCUUUAGCUGUUAGUAUGCAUGAGCUAAAUCGUUUAAUAAAAGCCAGCUGAUGUUAACUGCAGUUCUGCUCUGAAGAGAUACAGCACAGUUGGUGUGGAAAUGGUGAUCACUGGCAGAUAAGACAGCAGCUUGCCCUUUGCCCAACCUACGAUGAGUGCCAAAUCAGCCAUCAACAAGGAGAUUUUUGCACCGCAUGAUGAAAGAAUGCUUGGAGCUGUCCAGGUUAAGAGGAGAACGAAGAAAAAGAUUCCCUUCUUAGCCACUGGAGGCCAGGGAGACUAUAUGACCUAUAUAUGCCUGUCAGGUAAAUUGCAACAUUCUUACAGCAGGCAUGAUGCUGCAUUAGUGACAAAUAAGAAGCCCUCUCAGGUCUCCAUUACCAAGGUCAAACAAUUUGAAGGCUCAUCAUCUUUUGUGAGAAGAUCACAGUGGACAAUUGAUCAGCUGAGACAGGUGAAUGGAAUCGACCCAAAUCGAGACUGUGCGGAAUUUGAUUUGGUAUUUGACAAUACCUUUGACCAGUGGGUUGCUGGCUCUGCUGGAGAGAAAUGCACAUUCGUUCAAAUCCUCCAUCACACUUGUCAGCGGCAUAUUGCAGACAGGAAGCCUGAGUUUAUUAACUGUCAGUCCAAGUUACUUGGAGGUAACAGCAUCUUACAUUCAGCUGCAGACAGUGUGACCAGUGCAGUACAGAAAGCUAGUCAGGCCCUGAACGAGCGCGGGGAGAGAUUAGGGCGAGCAGAAGAGAAGACGGGCGACAUGAUGAACAGUGCCCAGCAGUUUGCAGAAACGGCACAUAAGCUUGCCAUGAAGCACAAAUGUUGAAACCGUUGCCAAAUCCUGAGGGAUCUGCCCUGGGCGAAAUGCACAGACCUUCUAGGACGCAUUUCAGAAUUUAUCCUCUUUUUUUUUCCUGUCUUUGUUAUUUGCGUUGCGUUGUUGGACAUUCAGUGUUAAAAGUAAAGAUGUGUUCCAGAUGAAACAAAGAAGAGUAAGCGGGCAGAAAAAAAGAUCAAAACUGCAACUUUGGUCACUUCUCCAUCAAUCUGAAGUCGUCAUAAGAACAGGAGCUCCAGCAGCUCUCCAGAGUGGACAUACUCUCCCUUACUUUCAUCCAAAUGGUAGCAAAAGAAAUCAGCCCUUCAAGAUGACGUCUAUAAGCCAGUGGAGUGGCUAGGGUUUUAACGUGAUAAAGACAAUCUUAUUUGCUUACAUCAUUACCAGAAACACUAGGACCUUUACUCACCUGCCGGGCAGUGUGCCUUCCACUUUCUACAAUAGUCCAUUGGAAACAUUUUGAUUAUAAAUUUAGUUUUAAGUGGUUUGGUUCUUAAUAUUAGGAGCUUCUUCCAGACUGCCUGACUUAGAUCAGAUGAGAAGUAUUUAUCCGUCAGUCAGUCUGUUUGUAGCAGUUCUGCUUCUGGAAAGAGGAGAAAAAGCAAAAUGGAAAAGGAAAAGGUGGUCAUUGAUGUGUUAGCAUGACCAUGUUUAUGUACAUGUGCAUGGCUUCUGUAAUCCAAGGGUAAUGUUAUCUUGGUUGAGAAGCCAAGUUUUUGGUUCAAAAGCCCACUCAACUUCCUGCAUUUUCUUUCUUUAGUAAAGGAUCUGGAAAACUAUUAGGAUUUACAGCAAUAAAAUAAUCUUUCCCUAUGACUAUCAAAAUAUCUGUAGUCAAAUACUGUACAUUUUCUCAUACUAAAUAAGACAGCUUAAGCACUAAAACUAUUUGAUUUACAGUAGUGAACUUGAAAAAACUUGAAUUUGGAUUCUUACAAGUGAUUUGCCUCACUUUAGAGGUCACAAGACUGUUCCUUUUUAGCAUAUGUUUUUUAAUUGGUGAAAUGAAGGAUUUUUUAAAUAUAACAACUCUAGAGGUAUGUAAGAAAGUAAUCACAUAAUGGCUAAAUGUACAGUCUUUUUAAUUCUAUAAUUUUAGAAAGUUUUAAAAAAGGAAUUUUUAAAACACCUUUUUUUCAUAGUGAAGGCCAACAUGGAAAAGUAAUCCUAAAGUUCAAAUUAAACUUUUGUGUGGCUGUUAUUUUCCUAGUUUUAGUUGGUUUAGUUCAGUCACUUGUGAGUCCCUUAAGCACCAUUGAGUUGAGUUAAAUGUUUAGCAUAGCAGUAAUUUUAUAAUAUUUAUAUAGUUAGUUUUCUGCACAAAGUAAACGUGUGAACAUAAGAAAUGCAUUUGCUCUAAUGUGUAUCUUUUUUGUAGUAAUGUGACAUGGAUGUAUUUUUUCUCUUUGUUUCACCUCAAGUCUUUGGAGUGCCAAUUUCAUUCUUUGUUGUACAGAAUCAGAUGUAUGACCAAAUCCAUUGAAUCAUAUUUUUGUAAAGAGACCUACUAUACCAUCCUGUCUCUCAUAUUUAAAGCACUUCAUUCCGUAGUUUUCUUCAUAAGGUCAUUAACAAUUGUUAUUAAUAGUGUCAUACAGAAUUGCUCUAAGUAUUCAUGUUCACAGUGGAAUAAAAGAUCAUAAGAUGUCUCAGCAAACACAAACACACAUAUGCACACAGUACUGUAUAUCAAACACUGUAAUUGACUGAUUGUGCCGGUCUGGGUGAUCAUCUCAAAUCUAGACAAUGUAGAAUAUGAAAGAUGACAUUUUAUUUACAUAAGACAACAGGCUUCUGAACUGAAUGUAUCCUUUUGCAGAGCAGAAGAGCAUUGUGUAGCACCCUGUCAAGUUCAAAAUAACAUUUUAAAGUUUUAAAUGUUUAUUAAAACUGUCCCCAUUGUGCUUUAGUAUUAUUUUUUUUAAUUUUUGCUUUAUUUGUAUUUAACAUGCAACCCUUUUCCCUUAAUAAGACCUAAAGUGCUCAGGAGCUAUGAAUUCCUUCUCUAAUUAUACAUUUGGCAGAAGACCUACAAUGUGUUGAAGCUUUUCCUUGGAUUUAAGUAAAUCAUUCUUGUGAUUUACUUGUUCUGAAACAUGAGCAAUUUCGUCCACAAUGAUCUCAGAUUAUUCUGGCAAUUAGCUGAAUCCCAUUUUCCAAAUUGGCCAAAGAAUAAGCUUCUAACAUAUUGGCAUGGUGGUUAAUGCAGAUGCCUCACACCUGGGGCAAAUUCUGUGUGAAGUUCACAAGUUCCCCUCAAGUUUUCUCUAGGUGCUUCAAUUUCCUUUAAAUUGUCCAUGUGUGUACCUCUCAAUGGAUAAGUGUUUAGUCCUGUCUAUCAUUCAUUCCUACCUACAAUAGUUGCAACCCUUACUAGGAAUAAAACUCUCCAGUAAUGCAUAAAUAUACUUUUGUUUACACUCCUCUGAAGACAUUUUUUCCAAUAUUUGACUCAUCAUAGAUUAUGAUGCAGGAAUAUUAUCACUGCUGUUUUACUUUUCUAAAACUAAACCCCCUUCUUCCCAAAUAUUUUCUAACCAUAAAGCAAACCACUUAAUACUCCCACAUAGUUCAAACAUCUACUGUAAGUUCAGUGCAUUGUUUUUGAGGCUUUUCAAGGCAUCCUGUGAGCGUGUGCUUCUUUAAUGUGGGUUUGUAAGCAGAGAAUUCCUGCUUUAUGAGAAUUUAACUUAACGUGCACUUUUUUUUCAAUUUUUUUUCUGUGAAGUACAGGUAUUUUUGUCAAGCACAAAAUGCUUAAAUGCAUUUUUCUAUUAGAACCAAAGCUUUAGGAUUGCAGAUGCUGUGGAUCUGAACCAAGUCAGGCUAAAUACAGUAUAUUCUCAUUCCACUACAGUCCGAAAAACAAUUUGUUAGUUAGUGCUUAUCAAUUAGAAAAAAAAAACUUUGCCAACAGUUUUCUUUUUGUCUGAUUUCUCUCUUAACCUUGUCUUCUCAGAUAUUAAAGAAAAUUAAUACACAGUAUGGUACUAACCCAAAAGUAUCCUCAUUAGCAGAGCUCUGUUUGAAUAACCAUUUGCUAAUGAAAAUCUGAAUUGUAUUAAAGUAUGGUUGGCAUAAUGUACUGUAUAUUUUACUUGAUAUUGCUUUCUAUGUUACAGUAGUACAGAAUUUGACUGAACCUUGGCAGAUGGUUGAUGUUGGAGUAAUCAGGCUGAAAUAAGCUGAAUAGACUGGGCCAAUGGAUACCAAAAGAUUUACCGCUCUUUCAAUGCACUGCACUGUUGUGAUUUUUUUCCUCAUCUUUGGACCAUAUCUUCCCCUACUCUGAAAAGAAUCAUUUAAGCUCCUUAGAGAUAAUGUACUUUUCCUUCAAUGCAGUAGUAUCUUCCUUUGAAUAAAGUAAUUUGCAACAUUCCAUUAACUUCCAUUAAGUUGUCGCAAGCAUUUCCCAAAGAUUGGACAAUGUACUGCUACUACUGUGCACAUGUUGCCCUUUGUGCAGAUAUGGAUAGGUGAUCUUAGAAUUACUACUGUUUAUUCCUCUUAUUUUAAUUAUUUAUAUAGGAUUACUUUGUGUAGAAAGCUAAUGACAGAUGUUUAAUGCAGUGCUUUAUUCUGCAGUCUUGCCUUUAUUGCUCUGCAUUAACAAAGAUUCUAAAUCAUAAAUGUUUCAGUAAAAUUCCUUACCAUGGAGAAACUUAUAAAAGGUAAGGGUAGUUUCCAAUUAUCUGUCUUCCUCCCUCCUUAGUUUCUGGUGAUUUUUUUCUUACAGGUUCUUUGUGCUGUUUUCUUGAUUGGGUAGAAGGUGUAAAUGUCAUGAUUCAUCUUUAUACAUGGUGCCACGUAAAAAAAAACAACAGAUCUCACCACCUUUUUAUUUUCAUUCUAAAUGUAUGUUAUCCAGUAAUAUGUAUACACAUUACACACAGGUAACACAUGUUAAGUGCAAUGAUUAUAAGUCAGUGCCUUUUAUUACAAAAGAACACACAUAAACACUUAGAUCCAUAUAAUUCACAUAUAUAAACUUGGAAAAUGCUUUUGUUUAUAUACUGUAUAAAAUGUUCUAAAAUAAUGUAAAAUAAUGUAUGGGGUGUACUGUAUUUAACCAGUGUAUUUUAUUUUUAUGAAACAUGAAGGUCUUUCCACAAACCAAAAUAGAAAGAAGUUCUUUCUAUUAAUGCCAUCAUGCAUUAGAUAUACAUUCUACAGUUAUGCAAAUGUGCAGUAUAUACAGUACCAUAGUAAUAUAACAUACUGUAGUAAACAGAAAAACCCUUGCUAUACAAGUAAUAUACUUUAUGAGCUUAACUGAAACAUGAAUACACAGGCAAUAAAUGACAUAAAAAUAAAAGUACAUAAAAAACAUGCUAAUAGAUUACAGUAGAUAAAUUGGAAAAAUAUAAAACAAAAUACAUAUUCAUGUGAUGUGUAGAAAAUUGUCUAAAAAUCAUUUUUAAAAAUCAAGAUUUGAGUAUAGUGCUUCAGUAACAUCAUGGUAUUAGCAUUUGAACAUUUCUCAGAGUACUAUCAAAGUAAACUUGUGAAGUGUCCCUUGGUGUCCUUGAUGCUAAGGUUUGAUUUUUUUUCUGUGGUUUGAAGGAGUAAAGGCCAAUGUUAUUCCUGUUUAGCCUGUUAUUAAUUAUUUUUACACUAAGACGUUUCACAGUGUACAGUAAUAUUACUCAAGUGUAUUGUGUGUUUUAGAAAAACACUCGACAAAUUAAAUCAUAAAUUGCUGUUUCUGAAAAUACUGCUGAAUCAUCAGAAUAUCAUCACUCGAAUCAUUUCUGUGAUUUAUCCAGAUGGAGCCACAAAUCUGAUUUCAGCAAUUUCUUUUGUUUCUGAGGAAGUAUGUACAGUGAUUGGGAUUCAGCAGAAUUUUCUCCAUAAAGGCAAAACAUACAGUACACAUAGUGUUUUUUCCAUGAAAACUUUCAUUAGUUUUAAAAUGGACAAAAAGCAAUGAGUUGAUAAUUUCAUAUAUAACACUCCCAUCUCUCCUUGUAGUGUCAUGAAUAUUGUAAUGGUAGACAAAUGCUAUUGUACUACUGUGUAUGUUGGAAGUUAUCUAGUAAGUAGAAAUGACAUUAUAAUCACUCCUUCUGUUUACGGUAACAAAGAAGGCAUUUAACGGCUAGAACUCAUUUAAUUAAUGUUUUUGGCUCUUAAGAACUUAAUGAAGGCCAUUUGAGGACCAGAGCUGUGAUCUACUGCUUUCAUGUAGAUUUUCAGUUUCCUUGUUGUGUGCUAGGAGCUUAAAUUCAAACUGCACUGUCACAUUUCCAGUCUUUUUCUAUUCAUGUAAUAGAAAACUCUACAUAAAAAGGUAUUGCAGUAUUUUGCACUAUUCUGUAACAUUUUCACAAAGUAAAAAUUUGAUUUUCUCGCAGAGCCUACAUGUGUUAAAUUCUUUGUAGUUAACACGUCACAUUUAAUGGGACGACCUGGGUUUAUUUUCUUUUGACAAGAAAUGAGACUCCAACAAAUCUAAAAUAUUUUUCCUAAGUUUGUAUUCUAAACACUUCUAAAGUAUUACAGCACUACAGCAUGCACAGCGCAGAACCAUUGUUGUGAAAUAAUAAUCUGAAUGUGCUAUUCUGUUUUUAACACUAGAUGGAAACCUUGUUUCUAUAUUUGCAGUGAAGUAACUUGCAGAUAUUUUCAUUGUUAUUACAGCAACCUAUUCAUCCAUUUGCAUAAGUUGCAAAUAAAUAUUACUUUUCCAUGGAUCAUAUGAUACCAUAAUAUAUAAAAACCUACAUUUUGAAAUGAUUGUAAUGUAUACAUAAAGAAUAGAACUAUAAAAAAAACAAGAAAAAAAUAUUUGGGCCAGAAGGCUUGACCUUCCAAACCUUUAAUAUUGAGAGCAUGUAUAACUUAUUAGUAAUAUUGUGUAAACUAUAAGGUUUCGAGCCUAAUGUAUAAUUUAAUUAUUGAACCAAAUUUGCAUUUUGCCAAAAAUAUACACACAGUCCUCAAAUCCCAUGUUUUUUAAAAUGCAGUUUAUUGUCAUUACCAUUGCAACAUCGUAUUUGCAUUGUCAUUUUGGUCAUAUAAAGAAUGAAGCUCUGUUGCACACAGUAGGUGUCACAAUUCAAGAUGUGGUUAGCUUGCGUCUUAAAACAAAAGCUUGCAGUGAACUGGGUAUAAUGAAGACAAUGUGUUCUUGUGAAAUCAUAAGGGACAGUAGCAGUAGUAUUACGAUACAUGUUUCACAUGUUAGGUAUUAAACAAUAAAAGCUACAGUAAUUCAGGUUUUUGUUUCUUAUGAAAGAAUGUAUUUGUAUAAUGUCGAGUUCAACUUGUUUAAUCAUUCUUUAUAUUGUAUUUCUGUAAGAAAUAAUAAAAACAAUAGGUAGAAUUAGACAUGAACAAUAACAAAUAUAAAAGUAUACUUAAUGCCAACAUUGUAAUACUGCUGGUGUGUUUCUGUUGUAAUUAAUUGCUGGAGAUAUGCACAUGGCUGUGUGCUGUACAAUUAGUCUGUGCCGUUCUGUGAGAUAAGUAGGGCACUUGUGGCACAUUUUAGGUCCUUAUUAAACAUUGUAAUUAUGUGGCACAUUC